AUGUUAUUGACUGCAGCCGCUGCGUUAAUCUCUGGCUGCGCUUUAGUAGCAACUAGAGGCCUCAGAAGCUCUCGCACUAUUCCACAUCGACGCAUUGUCGCUGGCAAUUCGGAGCUAAACGAGUUCAUGGCGCGUGCUCUACAACCCUUGCUGGAUCAAUAUACUCCAACGUGGUGGACCAAUUCGCACAUUCAGUGUUUUCUGACCUUUUUAGUACGUCAAUUUCCCAUCAAGUAUCAGAGAGAUGUACUUAUUCUCAAAGACGGAGGACAAGCAUCUCUGGACUGGGCCUUAGAGUCUUCUGUGGUCAUGAACGUGCCAUUGGAUCACGACUCACCCAUUGUAAUUAUCAUGCACGGACUUGUGGGUUGCAGUGAGAGCAUGCGUUCCUUAUGUGCCGAAGCUCUGGCACAUGGAUAUCGCCCCGUGGUGUUUAAUAAACGAGGUCAUGGAGGGCUGAAACUAUCUACGCCAAAGCUGCAACAGUUUGGCUGUGUACAGGAUCUGAUAGAGGCCAUUGCUCACGUGGAGAGACAUUUCCCUGACAGUGAACUAUUCGGCAUUGGCUGCUCAGCUGGAGCGGGUCUGCUGUGCAGUUACUUGUGUGAGCUUGGUGACAAGUCGCGCCUUCGUGCUGGAGUGCUGAUUUCGCCGGGUUACAACGCCUUUGAACUGUUUUGUCAUGGCAAGAUCCACCCCGUCUACGAUUUUCUCAUGACUUUCACGCUCAAGUCGUUCCUGUGGCGUCAUAGAAGUGAACUGAGUGACGUUAUUGACGUGGCAGGCGCUCUGCGAGCUACCAGUAUUCGGGAAUUUGAUCAGCACGUGUACAUGAAGAUGCACGGAUAUGGUGACCUAGAGUCGUACUGGAGAGUAAACAACCCCAUGCGAGAUGUGGACAACCUCAAGAUGCCACUACUCUGCAUUAACGCACUGGACGAUCCUGUGUGCACCAAGGAGACGAUUCCAUACGACGUGUUCGGUACGAAGCCCAAAGCCAUGCUGUUGACCACAGGGGAGGGAAGUCACUGCGCUUUCUUUGAGGGCAAUUUCCAACUCAAGUCAUGGUGUGAUACUGCUGCUAUGGUGUACCUCGACCGCCUUCGGGAGUUUGAAAACAUUUCAGAGACAAGCGUGGACAUUCUUAGUGCUGUUGCUACAGCUUAG